UCCGGGUCAUUUCACUCCGUUAGGAAGGUUCCUAAGCUAAAUGGACUAUUGGAACGCAACCCUGGUUCUGGGCACGUUCAGGAGCAGUUGAUCAGCUGACCUGAGAGGGCGGUUGGGCGUGUUGACUAUCAAUCAGUGUCAGGGAGUGUCUCUGCAUUCCUAGGUACAAGGGACAUUUAGUUGUUCUGUUUAUCACAUCAGGAAUGUGUUUUCUUGCCAAGGCCUGUCACAAUAAGAACAGUUUUGGCAGGUGUGUUCAGGUGUGUGACAGGAGCUCAGGGGAGGAGAGUAUCUGACAGAAUAUAAGUCACCUCACAACACCACAUUCCUGCAGACUUGAAGCUCCCGCUGGAAGUCAGAAGACCCUCACACAACUCUGCUGAUCUACACAACCAGGUUGGAGAAAUGGCCUCAGAUCACAUUGAAGUUGCUGCUCUGGGACGACCUUUCACCCUAGGGAUGCUCUAUGAUGCCCGGAGAGAUACAUUGAUUCCAGGUUUCAAAUUAUGGAAUGCUGAAACUCCAAAAACAACCCCUCAGCACAGCAGUUAUUUUGAAAUGUCUGCAUCUGACCCCAUUAAAUCAAAGACCACUCUGAUGGACAUUGAUGCUUCUCUGGAGCUCAGUUUCCUGUGUGGACUGAUAGAAGUUGGAGGAUCUGCUGAAUAUCUGAAUGAUGAGAAGAAAUUCCAGAAUCAGAGCAGAGUGACGUUUCAGUACAAAGCUACCACCAAGUUCAAACAGUUGUCAAUUGAUCAUGUGACCCUGGACACCAAACAGAUGGAGGUUAUUGAGAAGGGCUUGGCCACUCAUGUAGUCACAGGCAUCCUGUAUGGGGCAAAUGCUUUCUUUGUGUUUGACAGUGAGAAGUUAGAAGCCAGCGAGGUUAAGAAGAUAGAGGGCAGCAUGGAAGCUGUGAUAAAGAAGAUUCCUACUUUAAAUAUUGAGGGAAGUGUUGGCAUCGAGCUGACUGAUGAAGAGAAAGCCCUGACUGAGAAAUUAUCCUGCAAAUUCUAUGGAGACUUCAUUCUUGAAAGCAACCCAGCAACAUUUCAAGAUGCAAUGAAGACCUAUGUAGAACUUCCACAUCUACUGGGAACAAAGGGAGAGAAAGCUGUGCCAGUGAAGGUCUGGCUGAUGCCACUGAAACGGUUUGAACCUGCAGCUAGUGGGGUGAGGACAGAUAUCGGCAUCGAGUUAGUGAGGAAGGCGCAGAAAGCUCUGGAGGAGUUAAGGGGGACAAACAUGAGAUGCAACGAUUCUCUGGAAGACAAAGUGGUAGAGAGUUUCCCCGUGCUUCAGGAAGAGUUGAGCACUUUCCUCAAACUGUGUGGUUAUUAUAAAACCAACCUCCAGCAAGCCAUGGCAGAGAAACUUCCCUCCAUCCGUGAAGGAAAGGAAGAUGAGAGCUCACUGGAAAAAGUCUUUGAAGACGGGCACAAGUCACCCUUCAAACAUGAAAAACUAACCAAGUGGCUGAGUAACAAAGAGAGAGAAAUCAACAUCAUCAAGUCCUUUGUCGACACCAUGGAGGGAGUAAAGAUCGUCCUGAACCAGAACGAGCUGGACAGAGAGGUCCUUGCUUCAGGUGUAGAUGAUGUUCUGUGCUUUGUUUUCACCUCCAUGCUAAAGGGUGAUAUCUACCUUGAUGAGAUGGCUGACUUCUUGAAAUCAACCAAGUUUCGAAGUACCCAUGAAGAAAAGUGGUACUACUCCGAAGAACUUCUGAACACAAUGAGAGAAAAAGCCAUAUUUCUCCAGGGUGCUUCCAAAGGGCUGAAGAACAACAGCAAAUUCCGUUUCCUCAUAACGGCCAAAACCAAUCCCAAAUACAAAGGAGCAAGCAUCUACCACUACAAGAAAGGCCAACUGGUCACUGAAGAUUUUCAAAAGCCUUCUUCUGUGGAGACCAUCAAACACAAGAGAGAUCUGAUCUGGUAUGCCUGUGAUCUCCACCUGGACCCAAACACUGCCAACAACCUUCUCACUCUGUCUGACGGAAACAAAAAGGCAACACGUGGAGCAUCGCAGAAUUAUCCUCCUCAUUCAGAGAGGUUCGGAAAAUGCCCACAGGUGUUGUGCAAAGAGGAGUUAUCUGGGUGCCAUUACUGGGAGGUCGAGUGGAGCACCGAUGGCAAGCAGUCUGUUUAUGCUGCUGUUGCAUACAAGAUAGUUCAAAGAAAAAGCAGAAAGUUUGGGUAUGAUUCAAAAUCCUGGUGUUUUGGCAAAGGUUUGUCGUUAUUCGACCACUCUCUUAGGGCAUACCAUGCCGAUAAGAAGGUGUGGGAAGCACCCCAUCGUGGCGUCAGGAGAAUCGGGGUGUAUCUGGACUGGCCUGCUGGCACUUUGUCCUUCUACAGAGUCUCCUCUAACACACUGAGUCACCUGUACACCUUUCACACCACAUUCAAGGAGCCUCUUCUCCCAGGCCUCUGGGCUCAUUUUGAUUCCAACUAUGCCUACCUGUGUCCAGUUGAAUUGUAAAUGAACUGGAUUUAUACAGCGCCUUUCCAGUCUUUACGACCCAUCAAAGCGCUUUUACAUUGGCAGCCAUUCACACACAUUCAUAGAGGCAGAGCCGGUCACACACCUGCUCAUAGCCUAACGUUC